AUGCCUGCCCCAACGGCGCUCAAGGCGCCCAUCGAGACCGCCCAAGAUGCCCCCGCGGCAGAUAUCCCCCUCCCAGUGACUGGGACCGAGGACGAGGAGCUCCUCCUCGACGCCGACGCCAUGAACACGCUGGACACGACGGCGAUCCAGGCGCCCACGGCCGCAAACGCCAACACAGACAUGGAGAUUGACGAGGAGUCGCGGCCGCAGUUUGCGCCGCAGCGGGACGCCCCGGCGGCGCACCGGAUCGAGUCGCGCAAGGUUCCCAUCCCGCCGCACCGCAUGAGCCCGCUCAAGGCCUCGUGGCCCAAGAUUUACCCGCCGCUGGUCGAGCACCUUAAGCUGCAGUGCCGCAUGAACGUCAAGUCCAAGGCCGUCGAGUUGCGGACCAGCCGCCACACUGCCGAGGCCGGUGCUCUGCAAAAGGGUGAGGACUUUGUCCGCGCCUUUUGCCUGGGUUUUGAUGUCGAGGAUGCCAUUGCCCUGCUUCGACUCGAUGAUCUCUAUGUCGAGACUUUUGAGAUCAAGGAUGUCAAGACUCUGAGUGGCGACCACCUUGCUCGUGCUAUUGGUCGUAUUGCCGGUGCCCAGGGAAAGACAAAGCACUCUAUUGAAAACGCGAGCCGAACGAGAAUUGUCCUUGCGGAUAGCAAGAUUCACAUCCUCGGCGGGUUCAAGAACAUUCAGAUUGCAAGAGAAAGCAUCGUAUCGUUGAUUCUCGGCAAGCAGCCUGGCAAGGUAUACAACGGUCUAAGAAUUGUUGCCUCGAGGAUGAAGGAGAGAUUUUAG